UGGCUAAUAACGUGAAUAAUAGGGUGAUUAAAAAAUAUAAUGUAACUUAAGUAGACUUGACUUGAGCAUCCCAAUGGCUCUAUAAAAACGAGGACACAUUUCCUCAAUAUAGCCACAGAAACCCCCUCCCAGAAUAUAGGAUCUCUAGAGAUCGAGACUAAGGAAAAAUAAUAAUAACAAUGGAAGUAGUUCAAGUUCUUCAUAUGAAUGGAGGAGAAGGAGAUUUUAGCUAUGCUAGCAACUCCCUACUUCAGUGGAAGGUGAUAUCGAUGACGAAGCCGAUUGUGGAGGAAGCGAUAAACAAUUUGUAUUGUUCGAGUUUUCCGACUAGUUUGACGGUAGCUGAUUUGGGAUGUUCUUCAGGACCCAACGCUUUGAUGGCUGUUUCUGAACUGAUUAAAGCAGUGGAAAUAAUCCGUCAAAAACUGAAGAAGAAACCAAUUGAAUAUCAAGUAUUGUUAAAUGACUUACCAGGAAAUGACUUCAAUACAAUCUUCAAAUCAUUGCCUAAUUUCCUUAAAAAUUUGAGAAGGGAAAUUGGAGGUGAUGUUGGGCCUUGCCUUUUUACGGGAGUUCCUGCUUCUUUUUAUGGAAGGCUUUUUCCUAAGAAAAGUGUCCAUUUUGUUCAUUCUUCUUAUAGUCUUCAUUGGCUAUCUAAGGUUCCUGAAGGGUUGGAGGAGAAUAAAAGAAACAUUUACAUGACUGAUAAUAGCCCCACGAGUGUUGUGAAGGCCUAUUACAACCAAUUCCAACAGGACUUUUCAUUAUUUCUCAAGUGUCGUGCACAAGAAUUGGUGGAUGGUGGUUGUAUGAUUUUGACAUUGCUAGGAAGGAGAAGCCAAAACCCAGCAAGCAAAGAAUGUUCUUACAUUUGGGAGCUUUUGGGUCUGGCUCUUAACGACCUAGUCGAUCAGGGAAUCAUAGAAGAGGAGAAAUUGGAGAGUUUCCACAUACCCAAAUACAUGCCAUCACCAACAGAAAUAAGGAUUGAGGUUGCAAAAGAAGGAUCUUUUGUGAUUGAUAGCAUUAGAGUUUCAGAAGUGGAUUGGAAAGUUUCGAAUAAUAAUGAAGUGAACAAAGCAAAAUCAGUUGAUGAAAGUUUAAAGGGGAGUGGAUACAAUGUAGCAAAGUACAUGAGAGCUGUGGCUGAACCAAUUCUUAUCAGUCAUUUUGGAGAAGAAAUUAUGGAUGAAUUGUUCAUCAGAUACAGAGAAAUCAUUGCAGACCGUAUGGCCAAAGAGACAACUCAAUUUUUCAAUGUCACUGUUUCCCUUACUAAACCAAAGUGAUUAUGGAAAAUGACCUCAAAUUCUGGUUGUUAAUUAGGUCCUGUUGGUAGUUAGUCGAUAUUUGAUCCUUUUUGGUAACCAUUUGUCUUUUUGUUUUUUUCUUUUCAAAGAUUAAGGCUAUAAACAUUUCUUUAUGUUUUAAAAAAUAGUAUGCCAAAAUUCCAAAAACAAAAACUUUUUUCUAUCACUAAAUAAUUUCUCUGUCUUUUGUCAUCUACUUUCUAUAAUGUUUUCUAAAAACCAGUCCCACAUUUUGACAACUAAGAAAAAUGGAAGUGGUUUUUAAGAAUUUUUCUUUUGAAAUUUAGCUAAGAUACUUUAAAAAAGGUCAUUCCGGGGGAGAAAUUGAAAAAAAAAACUUGAUUUUAAAAAUAAAAAACAAAAAAUAAAUGGGUUACCAAAUAGCUUAAAUUAUAUAUAUCAUGAUGUCUAUAUACCUAUUAUAGUUGUGUGUAUGCAAAUGUUUGUUCUUCUAUGUAUUAAAAUGAAUGGAAAGACUUGUGGUUAAGAAUUGUGGUGUCA